AUGGUUCUGGACAGCAGGAAUUUGAUUGUGGGUUCUUCAGCCAGCAUGAGCUCAGUGUUCUCUAAUGGAUAUCCCCCUCAUCUCGCCUCAUACGCUGUGGACAACAUUACUGAUUGUAUUUACACCAAUGUGGCGGCCACACAGAGGGAAGAGAAUCCUUGGUUAAGGAUAGAUUUAGGAAUGAUGUUUGAUGUUCAGCAUGUUCUGGUAUAUGCUAGGCCUGAUGGUUUUGAGCCGGGAAGGACCCACAAUCUCUUGACAACGGUUUCUAAUGAUGAACAGAAUCACACCUGUGGUUUCUAUCCAGGACCAACUGACUUAGGUGACCGUAUCGCAGUUAUUUGUAAUAAUCUCACGAGAGGGCGCUAUGUAACCUUGACAAUCCAGUCUAACUCUGGUAAAAAAGAUAUUUUGCAAGUGUGCGAAAUCAAGGUCUUUGGAAAACCUUAG